GUUGAAAUUACUAUAUCUCAGUACAUCGAGCAUUCAAACCGUAAACGACGUCGAGUGUAAUUUUCUGUUAGAUAUUAUUACAACGAUACCGAAUAGCAAAAUUAAAUUUCUGUAAAACUAUCUAUUUAAAACGAGAUUUUCGAACGGUGGAAAAGUGUACUUUGUGUGAGCUCAAUUGGAAAAUACGUUUUGCAAAUUGCGAAAAUGAAACUUCUCAAUAAUAAGAUUUUCUAUUUCACAGUGCUAUUAGUUAUUUUGAGCAUAUCUGUGCCAGAAACUGAUGCACGUCGCUUGGUUUUGCGAGGACGAAGAACCAUUACGCGCCAUUACAAUCGCGGAUUGGCUAUUCCAGCUUGGGCUAUUAUCGUCAUCGUGGCACUAUGUCAACUGGUGAUCGGUGUGGUGUUAUAUUUCGUAAUGAGGAAAUUCGUUUUGUCUGGCACAUCCAAUACGAAUUCGUAUACGCCCGCAAUGAUGGAUGACGUAUAAAAUUUUAAUUUUAAUUUCGAAUUAUUUUCAGCUAAGAAUUAAAAAUAAAAAUUCAAAAUGUAACUGAACGUCAAUUGUGUAUGGCCGUUGAAAAUAUGUUUUCAAUGUAAUUGAAAUGGGUUGUAAAUUUUUCAAUUAAAUAUUUUCAUUAGUCAGAUAUCAAUCUACAACAGAAUACGUAAUAUUCAAUUCAUGCAUUCAAUAUUCAUCAAAUUAAUAAAUCGGGGAAAAGUUAUUAAUGAAUAAAAACGAGAUUUUUACAUUU